AUGGCGUACGAAGCCAUUAAGAGUUCCAAUUCUAGCCUCAGCCGCCAGAAAAAGCGCCCUCUAGAGGAUGCCAUUGACCGUGUGCUCCAGGUCCGCAGCCGAGAACGUGAGGACUCGGAGGAUUCCGAGGCUGCUCUUGAAGAAGACGAGUCGGAGAAGCCACAAGACGAGAGAUUCUUGCUCAAUCGCCAAAUGGUCAAGCACUGGAACGUCGAACCCGCGUCGCAACCUACUAGCGAGCCACCGUCAAAGAAGAAGAGACGAGUCGAGACCGAUGACGAGGACACCAAGAUGCUCGAUACCCCGCAGAAUGGCACGGCGCCCUCUGAUACGAAAUCGACUGACAAGACAACAAAAGAGCAGCAGAAGAAGACGCCCAAGGCGACUAGAUAUACUGUUGAAGAGAAUGUUGCGCUACCGCCCGUUGGUGGUCUUAGUGACGUGUACCGCAGUCUGUUGGGUCAAACAGGCUUCCGUCUUCGCCGUCCAGAGCUCUACCGCGGCAAUAGCGGCCUCGUACCAGGAAUCCUCCUUUCUGGCCCUCCCGGCGUUGGAAAGAAGUCGCUUAUCCGCACGCUGGCUGCCGAGCUCUCAGCCCCAAUUGUGUCUCUGAAGGCAUGCUUCCAGGACCCUGAGCGCAUGGAGAAGAGUCUCACAGAAGCGGUUGACGCUGCGUUGAGUAUCUCUCCCAGCAUAGUCUUCAUUGAGGAUUUGCAUUUGUAUAUGGGUAAACCAGGUGGAUCUACACACAAUGAACACCACCAAAAGGCCAUAUUUUUAUUCGAGAGGCAAAUGGAGCGCAUAGCGCAACACGAUAUAUCGAACGGCGGCGUUCUUGCCAUGGCUACUACAUCACGACUUACGGAUAUUGACCCUACCGUUUUACGCUAUGGUCUGUUUGAGAGAACGGUUCCAUUGCGCGUUCCAGACCGAGAUGCGCGAGUUGACAUUCUCAAGGUUCUGACAAGGGAUUUGGAGCUUGCUGAGAAUGUUGACUUUACGGAGCUUGCAAAACUGAUGCAUGGUUUCGUUGGUGCUGAUAUUGCCACUGUGAUUAGACUGGCUAGACAGGCGUCUAUCAACCGUAUAGUAUCCAGGCAGAACAACGACUAUGAUCGCUUUUUGCAGUUGGAGCUUGAUGGCACGUCAGUUCGUAAGCUAGCUGACGGCGCUCUUGAUUUGUGUACAAUGCUUGCCUCAUACCCCGAAUCCAGCCCCGACGACACCAUCUGCGCCGAAGACUUCAAGUCUGUCAUUGGUGGUUUUGUUCCAUCACUGCGCAAAGAAGGCUUCACAGUGGUGCCUAGUAUUACAUGGGACCAAGUUGGUGCUCUCCGUGCCGUCCGCGACCAGCUCAACAUGUCCAUCAUUGGCCCUAUCAAAGAUCCGGAACUGUACCGUGCCUUUGGUAUGCAGCGACCAGCAGGUGCACUGCUCUGGGGCCCCCCAGGCUGUGGUAAAACACUCGUUGCGCAGGCUGUCGCCAAUGAGGCACAAGCCAGUUUUAUUCUAAUCAACGGUCCUGAGCUCUUGAACAAGUAUGUUGGUGAAUCAGAGCGUGCAGUGCGUGAAUUAUUCCAGCGUGCCCGGUCAUCUACGCCAUGCAUCCUAUUCUUUGAUGAGAUUGAUUCGAUUGUCCCUAGACGUGAAAAUUCGUCAACCGACGCUAGUGCGCGAGUCGUCAAUGCCCUGCUCACAGAAUUGGAUGGCGCGCAGGACCGCUCUGGAAUCUACGUUAUCGGCACUACCAACCGUCCCGAUAUGAUUGACUCCGCCAUGCUUCGACCAGGACGUCUGAGUGUCCGCCUCUUUGUUGAUCUCCCGACGGCAGACGAGCGAGUCGAUAUUCUCAACACCAUUUACAAGACAUGCCACAGUGAAGCGACAGCUGCUGAGCUGGCAAGGCUGCCUGGCGUUGCACUAGAUCCGCGCUGUCAUGACUUUAGUGGUGCCGAUCUUGGAGGAUUACACACCAAGGCUGCGGAGUCUGCACUGCGGCGAUGGAUGACCAAGGAGAAGACGGUCAAGGAGAUUGACGAGGUGGACUGGGAGACUGCUCUGGAGAGCACACAGCGCAGUGUUUCUAACCCGGAGACGUACCGCAAACUCAAUGUCAAACUCGGUAAGGCAAACUAG